AAGAGAUCUGUGCGGUGUUCGUGGCGCGCAUUAGGGAGACAGGGGCCACGAACCAUGGAACACCAUCCCUGCUCUUCUGAGCUUCUGCUUCUGGCUCUGCUCACCACCAAUCACACGAUGGCUGCCAUCUCGGAUCCAAACUCAUGACUGGAGGACGCAGUUGGUAGCACUGCAAGAGGGAAGACCUUUUACGCACUACCGAGCCGUGUCCCAGAUCCAGGAACAGCGCAUGACUGGGAAUGAUCAGAUCACUACCUCGACCUCUCAAAGAGAUUGUCAGGUGCCAAAACUGGAAACACAGCCGGACCUCUUUCCAGAUCUGAUACCUGCCGCCCCGGCUUGACUUGCAUUGGGGCGAGAGGGACUCUGCAAAGAAAACCUGGGAAGCCCCCUCCGGAUAAACUCGAGGUCCCCGGAAAUCGAGCUACUGAUGCAGCCACCAGUGACGGAGCUCGCCCGCCGAGCAUUGCGGCACUAGAGCGGAAUCGAAGGCCUAGGCGAUGCUACUCCUAGCGUAGCAGAAUACCAGUUGCCAUGAAAUCAGAGCUCCUAGGGGGACAACCUAGACAUGGGGUUAUCGACGAGGGUGAAUCCCAGGAGAUCUGAGCGUGCAGAACGUUCGGGCCAUUGUAAGAAUCCGGGGAACACUCCAACAAGUCGAGAACCCAAACGGCUGUGACUUAUAUCGCUCAGGACGCAAUACUUGCAGAGAACACAACCCCUUCCCUUCCUUCUGCCGUUCGUCUUGCAUCAGGCCGUGUACCAACGGCACACACCACACUCACUAACCCUGACCGACUCUAGAGGUCCGUGGUUUCCCCCGUAAGCGACGCCGGUCCGUCACGGUAUAUCAUGGUAGUCUGCUCCCGCCGAUAGCUUCCGCUGUGGACCUUCCCGUCAGGUCGUCUUGAUCGUAUCAGCGAUCACCCUCGACUCGGCAUUUCGUUCUUUCACCAGACUAUAUCACCACACACAUACAAGAUGUCGGAUACCUUUACACCACCACAGGGUCUAGCACCCGAGAUGUAUGAAUCGCGGGCCGGCGUUGUCAUCGCCGUCGUGGCAGUUUGCUUGACGACAGCCACAACUGCCGUAGGGUUGCGGUCCUAUUCCCGUGCGACACUGAUUCGUCAAUUCGGGAUGGACGAUUGGGCUGCUAUUAUAGCCCUUCUUUUGGCGAUGGGCAGUGGGAUCAUGGUCGCUUCAAAUACAAUUUAUGGACAUGGCAAACACAUCGCGGUCGUGGACGGGUCUCAGCUGUGGAAAUAUUUCAGGACAUUCUACACCUCCAUCGUCCUCUAUAACGGAUCAUUGACAGCUAUCAAAAUCACCUUCCUCCUCCAAUACUGGCGCAUUCUCGGGACACCACAGAUGAGAAAGGUGGUGAUGUUUGCUGGAAUCAUUGUUGCCUUGUGGUCCAUCUCCCAACUACUCGUCGUCAUCUUCACCUGCACGCCCAUCGAGAGGUUUUGGCUGCCAGAAACGCCGGGAACUUGCAUUCCCAACCUGCCUUUCUGGUAUAUCAACGCGGCCGGCAACAUUGUUACCGAUGUUAUCGUUUUUGUCGUUCCUUUGCCAGCUCUUAGCAAGCUGAACCUGAAGAAGAACCAAAAGGUCGCAUUGAUCGGUAUCUUUUGCUUGGGUUUCUUUACCUGCGCCAUCUCCGUUAUCCGCAUCCAGUACCUCCGCCUCAGCGAGGAUGUCACAUGGGACAACGUCGCCUCCUCAUGCUGGUCCGUUGGUGAGCUUUGCUCCGGCAUCACCUGUGCCUGCCUCCCUACUCUCCGCCCUCUCGUCGCCAAGAUCUUUCCCUCUAUGAACUCGAGCAACGACAGCUACGGCAGCUAUCAAAAGUCCUCCGGCCGUGAUGGGACGGCUCCAAGUAAGAGCAAGAGAUCCCGCAACGAGACAGGGAGCACGAGGAGCAUCAUCUACCCCGAGGAUGUGGAGCUCCAGAGUGAUGACAGGUCAGACAAGGAGGUCAGGGUGGACAGGGUGGAGGACCACGUGCAGUAUGGGGAUGCGGUGAGCAAGCUCAAGCUGGGUCUCAAGCCUUCGGUCACUACGGAGAUCAAGGUCGGGACACCUGGGCCGACUUCUUCGAGACCGGUACCGAGUUCGCAGUGGGGUAGGGGGAUUGAGGUGAAGCAUGAUUUGGUUGUUACCAAGGAGGGGUUUUAAGUUUCUUUUGUUUUGUUGUUGUUCUUGUACAAAAAAGGUUUUGCUCUGGUAAUAGAUGGAUGGGAUAUGUUAGGAACGAAGAUUAUACCCGGUGGGCUGUGUCAAAGUACACGAUGGACCAGUUACGAAAUGUAAAAAAGUAAAAUGAAAAAAAAAAAAAACAUUUCAGAAUACCAUCA